AUGCAGUGCUUGACCGAGCUUGGGGGCGAUAUAGCGGAUUGUAUAGAAACGUGCAAGCAGCAGCCCGGAACCUCUCGGCAAGCAUGGAGCACUUUGCUGACGGGCCAUGCCUGUUUCCAUUACUGCAUGAGGGAAUCAAAUACCCAAUAUGCGUCACUCAAACGCGGCCUCGGCGACUCGAUUCGACAUGCAGAUCGCGACCUCGAGAAGAUGGAAGAGACAGAGACUGGAAACCAUGCUACCGCCCACUCAUCCACCGCCGCCGCCGCCACAGCCAAGGCGAGCAACAACAAGAAAGAAAGGAAGAAAAGACACUAUAGAGACAAUCUAACCAACGUCCCCGAUCAAUGUCUUCAAUUCAAAGCGCAUUUGCCUGCAUCGCCGCCCCCAUUGGUCCAGUCGGCGUCCGUAAUCUCGCAGCAAACUCCAUUACCCUUCAACAGAGUCAGACCCCUUCUCGGAACCCUGAUUGUCCCAUUCGCCCGCCCGUCGUCCGUUGCCCAGAGCGUGCAGCAAAAUGCACCCCCAAUCCAAGACAUGCACGCAAAGAAAAAGAAUGGAAAAGGCCUGAUCCAUGCUUCGGGCGAACCAUGCUUCGGUGGGAACUUGGGUAAUGGUGUGUAUUUCCUUGUUCAAGAUGUCAAUCUGGCAAGAACAAAAGAUCGGCAAGUAGAUGCCGUGCCUCACGUGUUGUACCUGGCGCUUGCCUUUUCGUUCUUAAGGGGGAAAAAAGGAAGUUGCCCCCCCAUUUUGGCGCAUGCCAUCGACAGCAGCCACGAAGUCCAAUGGCUUCUUCUUUGCCCAUUCCCCGUCUUUGCCUUGUGUCUCUCCAAUGGGCGUUGGGAUUUUAUUUUCCAUGUCUCUCCGUUGUCUCUCGGCGUCGCUCUCUUCCAGUCUCUGAUUCUUACUCAUCAACGUCUUUCAAGUUUCGACCCCAACAGCAAUACUACCUACCGUCCCAAGUGUGUAAGCGUACCUCUCACGACCUUCCGCUCCAACAGCACCUGCGAACCCCAUGUUCCAAGUUCCGACUGCGCACCCACCGGCACAGUCGUCUUUGACUUUGAGGGGCCCGCAGCAAAUGUCCGAAGGAAUGUGCUCCGUUUAUCGCUUGGCCCAUCCGACUCUUUACAAGUUCAGAUCGCCCCAUCACCCCACCGCUCGUCGUACACUUCGGUCGAUUCGUGCUGCCAGCCAACGUCAGCUGGGUACUAUGUAUCGAGUACUUCUUGCUCCGUCGCUAUCGCCGCCGUCAUCCAGAGUAUUGAUAUCACACACCACCCACACUAUCCGUAUGCGUACAUGACACAGGCAACCUCUAGAAGAGACCCACCUCAGCUCAACGUUGCCGAACCUGACAGAAGCAUACAGACGGCCUUUCGACAAAGACCAAAGGGUGUGGUAUUCUAUCCGGCGUUCCUGGCUAACGCAUGGCCGUCGCUAUCAAGUCAAUAUCGACGCAACCGAAUAAUCCAUUUCCUCGUAUGUGUAAACCAGAGCCUGCUUCAGUCAAAUGUUGGUUUGUCACCAGUCCCUUCUCGGCUGCAUAUGAUCAAUUGGCUCUCUUUUGGGUCGCUCUCGCACUCAACCCUGCUAUCACCCUCGUGUAGCGGGCGGGGAAGCAUGGCUAUGUCGACGUUGCUCAUCACCCUCCGCGGCAUCGAUCGCCUCUGCGCUAGCUCCCGAGGAACCCUCCAAACCAGAUCGGGCUCAAGGCUCAAGCCACCACAGGGGAACGAGAAAAGCAAACACUGCGACAAUGAACCAUUUCAACCAAACCGGGAACUGUUUCAUUCCACCCGAGCGUGGUCACCACUACCGCCUCCGACUUUCCCGCGUGAAUCGAGGCCAGCAAUCUCCCUAGGCACCUGGAAGCCCACCACUCCAUCGACUAUGGACUACAGGUCCACAAGAGACUGGUUGCUCUUCGACAAACCGAGCGCCCGGCUAGCUGACGCUGCAGUGAAAGUGCAGCAGAUUGCACUGCCUGCAUUCUUAUCGAAGCGGGCACCGCAAGCAUCCAAGCGUCUACGAGACGCUUUUGCUGCAGUUCGGAGCUGGCCUCUUACCUCGCCUCUGGUCUGCAUCCACCCGGCCAUUGAUUCCUUACUCAGCGAUAUGACGAAUCGACUACAUUUGCUUCGCAUGGCCUCCUUCGUCGUCGGCUGCCCACCUCAUAUGCCGUUAUGUGUCGCAUCAUUGAUAUUGAAAGAUGCCGAUUCAGCAGCAGGCGGGGUCACUCGCGGUUUCGAUGCGAUCAGCCGUUCAAACUCUUCCACUCUCCUCACACGCGCAGAAAUGAGGGCACUAGCUGGUCGGUCUGAAUAUGUUCGACUAGCAGUCAAAACCUGGCGGCCUUGCUGGGCUGUCUUCCGGGGAGAUCGGCCUCAGCAGCACCGGCGACAACCCCCGUACGUUUCCGGAUUCUUCUACGGCAAGGCGUUCCAAGCACACCACGUUGUCUCCGAUUACGCCAAAAUUCCGUUGGCCUUCGUGUUCCUUUGUGCUAAAUUAGCGAGUUCCUUGGAUUGCUUGUCGCUGGCCGUGGCAAUAUUCGUGUUCUCCGUCAAAGAAGCCAAAUUGUGUAUCAACGAGGCCGUGGAUUCAAGAAUGCAAGCAAGGAAGUCCCACCCGGAAGCACAGUCCCACUCGCAGCAUACCAAUCAGAUGCAUGUUCAGAACCGCUACGUCGUCUCUCGACCCACCGCAGCUUGUUCACUGAUUACCAACACCAGAAGUGUUUCUGGGAGGCCAAACCUCGACCACGACUGCAUAGUUGACGCGUAUGCUUGUCAAUCCACUGGGUUUGCAGUCAUCUUUGGUAACCGGUGCGGUCAAUUUGGUGGCUCCGCGCUGUUUCCUAUUCUAGAAAAAGUUCCAGAGAAGGAGAAUUCCCGACUGUCAACAAAAAUUCGAUGUUCGAGACUCAUCUCGCGUGUUGUCUCUGCCAAAUGUGGGAAGCCUUGGCCGUGGUUACCAUGGGAAAUGAAAAUCCCCGCUUGUCCAGACGAAGCCGGAGAUGGAUGGAGCGGAGAGAGCAACUUCAAGAACAAGGUGCCACUUGGAGAACCAAGCCCCAUCAAUCUUCAGACGACCCGCUCAAGCUCGAAUGUUCGCCGUCAGGGGAGAUGCGGGAAACCGCACGACGAUGGAGACAGUACAGACAGGCCGGGUCCUCUUUCUGGUCUGGACUCGCCGCGUCGGCUACUCACCAGACUUGUGGCCAACUCCGACUUUUAUUCAGGGGCGACAAUUGGAUUCGUGGGCCAAGACGCAGGGCGAGCGCCGUGCCCCAUAUGA